AAAAAUAUAUAUGCUUAUAUUUUUAGUAAUAAACUGUGAAGCUAUUUAAUGUAUCUAAACAUUGCAUGUAGUGGUAUCUGGUGGAAUUUGCAUUUGUAUUGCUUGCAUUAAACCUAACACAAAUGUUAAUCCUAAUAUUCCUAAUAUUUUUAAGUCAUAAUUUCUGUGUUAUAGUUUUUACAAAGCAAAGACUAAAUAUGCUUGUGUUCUGGUCAGUCUGCUUUGAAAGUUGUAAAAUUCACUGAUUUACUGCAUUUAUCUCUUGUUUUCUGUCCCUUCCUUGUAUUAUAUGGUAAAGUAAUAUAAAUGAAAUUAAUUUAAAAAAUAAUAAUGAAAGAUUCUUGAGGGUGCUGUAUAAGUUAUUUAAGUUAACUAUUAAGUAUUAAUCCACAAUUCGUUUAUUAUUGAAAGUUUGUUUGUAUGUUUUGUAUAUACUGUAUUUUCUGUUUGUUUUGUACGUACUGUAAUCUUUGUUUUUCUUUAUUGCAAUAAAAAAAAAAGUUUUUCGAGUUGGUUUCUUAAUGUAUGUCGUUACAUACAUGGUAAGCAAAACUUAUCCUGACACCUAGUGGUGUGUGUGCAGCAUUUUUCCCCAAUAGAAACGGUUUACUACUUUUCUGAUCUUUUACAUAUUACACAACUUCCGCUAUAUUUUGUCUUUUUGAGACUUAAAAGUUGUGUUUAAAAGUAGACUUUCUGUAAUACCUAAACUGGAUUGGUCAGUUGUGAUAGUCAGCGGUCUGGGCUUCGCUGUUGAUAUAGCAAUUUAAUUCUAAAACCAUCGCUACAUUUAUUUGUCUUGUAUCAUACCGUCUUGCUACAUACAAACGCAAAUGGUGCCAUCUUGUGCCUCAGUUAUCAAGUGUCGUUACGAUCUCUGAGUUUUUCUAUGUGUGCUGGUGUCAACUCUGACAACAGUUUUGAGUGGUUCUCACUCUUUGUGGUUGCUUAUCACAUACAUUAAAGGAGAGACGCCAUUUCCUGAAUUUAGUGUCACGUUUAUGUUGGAUGACCUCACAGUGGGACACUAUAAUUCAGAGACUAAGAGAUACAUUCCUAGAGAUAAUACUACAAAUGAAGAUGAGAUUGUUUCUUACAUAUUUUAUGCAAUGAGGCAUGAUUUGCAACCUUUCCAUGUUGGAAGACUAACUUUUAAAAACUACACAAAAAGUCCUCAGCUGUAUCAAGUGAUGAGUCAUUGUGAGCUGUGGGACAAUGAUAAGUCUGGACAAAUGAUCUCUAAGUUCGCUUUUAGCGGCUCCACUACAGAUGAAAUGCGUUUUUAUAACAACAAGUUUACAUAUGAGAGCCCAAAAGAAAUGGCAACACUAUCUCUGGAGGUGUUCAAGUGGCGUCAUGAGACAAUAAACUACCCCUCCUGCAUAGCAACUCUCAGGAAUUACCUUAAAAAGAGACAUACUCAAGUGAAAAAGAAAGUGAAACCGCGAGUCAGACUCAUCCAGAAAGCAAACUCAGAUUCUGGAGGGUCUCGUUUGAGUUGUUUGGCAACAGGAUUUUACCCUCGUCACAUCAACCUGACCCUGCUCAGAGACGGGCAGCCUGUAGCUGAUCAUGAGAUCACUGGAGGAGAUCUGCUGCCCAAUGGUGAUGGGACGUACCAGAUGAGGAAGAGUCUAGAAAUCAGUGCUGCAGAUAAAGACAAAUACACCUGCUCUGCCACACACCUCAGUCUGGACAACAGGAUGACUGUGGAUUUAGAGUAUGAUCACAGAGAACCAUUUAAAUCAGUGAUUCCAUCAUUCCUUACUGUUUUGGCUCUGGUGUUGGUGUUUGGGGCUGCUGUUAUUAUAUGGAGAAAGCGGCAUAUGCAUAUGAAGAAACUGGACACAUCACGAAAUAUUCAAGGUCUUGACAUGGACACAUAGCUGAAUAGAGAACAGUCUUCAAACAACUCCAAAUUAAAAUUUGUUUAAAAGAAAAGAAACACUUUAACUAGCUCAUAAUUCAGUUGUAAUUAAACUAGGCAACUAGACAAAAAAAAA